AUGCAUUCUUGGAAUUUGCUCGUUCCUUUCGCGGUGGGAAGUCUGGCUGCGGCUCUUCCUCAAUCGGCUCAGGUUGAGAGUCGGACUUACGGUCACGAUGGCGGCUAUGAACACCAGCAUUCUAUCAAUGCCCAAUUGGGUCCUCGUCCUUACUAUUUGAUUGACGACAUGGAUGAUAGCCCUUUGAAGGAGAAGCUCCAAUCUUGCUCUGAAGGCCCAUUCCACACAACCGAGAUGGCAAUCGGUCACCGAGGUGCUCCUUUACAAUUCCCAGAAGAAACCAAGGAAUCUUUGACGGCAGCAGCUCGGAUGGGUGCUGGUAUUCUGGAGUGUGAUGUUACAUUCACACAAGACCAGAAACUCGUAUGUCGACAUUCACAAUGCGACUUGCAUACCACCACCAAUAUCUUAGCCAUUCCAGAGUUGGCAGCAAAAUGUACUCAAAAUUUCACGCCCGCCGGCAACGGCACCGCUGCACGUGCCAAUUGCUGUACAUCGGAUAUCACGGAAGCCGAGUUCAAGACGCUCUGUGGUAAGAUGGAUGGUUUCAAUCCAAAAGCUACUACAGUUGCAGAAUAUCUGGCCGGAACACCAACCUGGCGAACAGAUCUCUACAGCACCUGUGGUACCGUCCUUACUCACAAAGAGUACAUUCAAUUCGUCGACUCACUCGGGCUCAAAUUCACGCCUGAACUCAAAACCCCGGUUGUCGCCAUGCCAUUUCCAGAUCCUUCAUCAAAUUACACCCAAGAAGUCUUCGCCCAACAAAUGAUUGACGAGUACAAAGAAGCUGGAAUCUCAGCUAGCCGGGUGCUUCCUCAAAGUUUUGCCAUUAAUGAUUUGUACUAUUGGUUGAAAGCAGAGCCUUGCUUUGGAGAACAAGCCUUGUACUUGGACGAGCCGACUAUCAACGUGGGCGGCAUGGCCGCCGCAAUUGGGAAUCUUACCAUUUACGCAGAAAAUGGCGUCAAAACUAUUGCGCCUUCUAUCCCUGGUGUUCUAACAACAGAUGCGAAUAACAAAAUCGUUCCUUCCGAGUAUGCACUUGAAGCUAAGAGGCUUGGACUUGACAUUGUGGUCUGGAGUUUUGAACGAAGUGGAUUAUUGAGAGAUGUUGCUGCGAACGGCGAUUACUAUUACGCGUCAUUCAACUCUGCAGUCAAGAAGGAUGGAGAUGCUAUGGUUGCGCUGGAUGUCAUGAUCCGGGAAGUUGGUGUGAGAGGAGUCUUCGCCGAUUGGGUUGCAGGUGUGGUGUAUUAUGCUAAUUGCUUUGGGUAUUGA